AUGGGACAAAAGAAUUUGAUCUACAGCUUCGUUGGUCGUGGCACGGUGAUUCUCGUCGAGUAUACUGAGUUUAAAGGCAAUUUUACUUCCGUCGCGGCACAAUGCCUCCAGAAACUCCCUUCUUCGAACAACAAGUUUACCUACAACUGCGACGGUCACACCUUUAAUUACCUCGUCGAAAAUGGGUUCACGUAUUGUGUUGUUGCUGUUGAAGCUGUUGGGAGGCAGAUUCCAAUGGCCUUCUUGGAGCGAAUUAAGGAAGAUUUCAGCAAGAGAUAUGGUGGUGGGAAGGCUACUAAUGCUAAACCCAACAGCUUGAACAAAGAGUUUGGGUCUAAACUAAAGGAGCAUAUGCAGUACUGUGUGGAUCAUCCUGAGGAGAUUAACAAACUUGCUAAGGUUAAGGCUCAAGUGACUGAGGUGAAAGGAGUUAUGAUGGAGAACAUUGAGAAGGUUCUUGACCGUGGUGAGAAAAUUGAGCUUCUAGUGGACAAAACUGAGGACCUUCGUUCACAUGCACAAGAUUUCAGAACACAAGGAACGAAAAUAAGAAGAAAGAUGUGGUGGGAGAACAUGAAGAUUAAGCUCAUAGUCGCUGGUAUCAUCAUUGCCUUGAUUCUCAUCAUCAUCAUCUCGGUUUGUCCUGGCUUCAAGUGUACUUGAAAGGUAGAACAGUCUGAGAGAUUAUAAGCCCCUUAUUGUUAUACUAACCUAACUCCUCCCGGUAUUUGCCCUUCUAUUUUGAUCUUUUUGUUUUCGCAGCGUCUCUUUUAUAGUUUAUUUUUAUUAUUGUUAGGAAAAAGCAAUAUGAUAGCUCAGUAUUGAGAAAUGAUGAUUUGGGUUGUGAAUGUUUGGAAAGGGAUAUAAGCUGUUGGGGUUUGCUUAUAUAUAGGCUAGGUCUUUGUGCUA